ACAGCCAGCCCUGUCCGCAGCUCUGCCGAGAGCUGUCUGAUGGCCCUGGCGCUCCUUCUCCAGCUGCUGACCCUCUGGCCUCCCAGUCACAGCAGCUUCACACCAUCGGUCCCCCCAGCCUCACACCCCAGACCAUGGCUGGAGGCUCAGCCAGCUGCAGUUGUGACCCCUGGAGUCAACGUGACCCUGAGGUGCCUUGCACCCCAACUUGCCGGGGAGUUUGAACUCUUCAAGCUCGGAGAGGGGACCCCUGCCUAUCUCCGGGAUGUGCCCAGUGAGCUGGCAGAGUUCUUCCUGGAGGAGGUGACCCCUACCCAGGGCGGCCAUUACCAAUGCCGUUACCGGGGUCCAGACUGGGGACUGGAUAUCUGGUCCCAGCCCAGUGAGGCCCUGGAGCUGCUGGUGACAGACCAGCUGCCCCAGCCAUCACUGGUGGCGCUGCCCGGGCCAGUGGUGGCUCCCGGCGCCAAUGUGAGCCUGAGGUGUGCGGGCCCUAUGCCUGGCAUGAGCUUUGCGCUGUACCGCGUGGACAUGGCAGCCCCGCUGCAGUACCACGACUCGGCGCAGUCCUGGGCCGACUUCCUGCUGCUCAGCGCCCACGCCCCGGGCACCUACUCCUGCUACUACCACACGCCCUCCAAGCCCUACGUGCUGUCCCAGCGCAGCGAGCCUCUGACCAUCACCUCUGGGGGCUCUGUCUCCUCUGACUACACCCGGGAGAACGCAGUGCGUCUGGCACUGGCUGGCCUCGUCCUCCUUGCCCUGGGCGCCUUGCUGGCCAUGGACAGGCGGGACAGGAGCAGCACCCUUGGAGGCCUCCCACCCCGGGAGAGCCCAUGAAGAUUUGGGAACUUAAGGAGACUUCCUGGAGAGAAGUGGAGGAGCUGGGAUCCCUGGGUGCCUAGCCCCCCAGAAUCUCCGGACCCCAGGCCCAGCCAGAUGUGGUCUUCCUCCACCCUUUGCUCCCAGACCUCGGCAUCAGGUGGAUGGCCCCGGCAGUGGUUGAUGCUUCUGUACCAGUGGCUUGGGCUCACAUCCCAGUGAUGGUACUCUCUCAUUGGGGCAUCCUGAAGUCUGGAUUUCCUUCAUUGUGAAGUGAACCCAUGGAUGACUGGCCUGUAAUAAAUGCUCAAUAAAUUUUAGCAACUGCA